UGCUUUUUCCCUUCUCGAACGAUCUCUAGAGCUCAAGCCUAAUAUCUGCGACUCUUCGGCGCCGGCGGUAUAAAUCUUCCUCAGCAGGUACGAGUGCUAGAAGAUCCUUGCGCAGUCAUCUCAUCUCGUUGAAUCCGCUUUUUUGUACCUAGGGUUUCAAAAGAUAACUAUGAAGAUAGCCGUGGAGGGUUGCAUGCAUGGAGAUCUUGACAAGGUUUAUGCUACGCUUAAGCGCUUGGAGGAAGCAGAGAGUACGAAGAUAGACCUACUCUUAUGCUGCGGGGACUUUCAGGCUGUUAGAAAUGAAGAAGAUCUAAAAAGCUUAAAUGUGCCACCAAAGUAUCGCCAUAUGAAUUCAUUUUGGAAGUACUAUUCUGGACAAGUGAAAGCUCCAUAUCCAACUAUUUUUAUUGGUGGGAACCACGAGGCCUCCAAUUAUUUGUGGGAAUUGUACUAUGGAGGAUGGGCAGCACCCAAUAUAUAUUUCUUGGGGUUUUCUGGAGUGAUCAAAUUUGGUAACAUCCGUAUUGGUGGGCUUUCUGGUAUUUACAAAUCCAAGGAUUACUACUUAGGUCACCAUGAGAGGCCUCCAUAUGAUGAUAACAAUAUUCGAUCUGUAUACCAUGUACGGCAGUAUGAUGUGCUGAAGCUGAUGCAUGUUGCGGAACCGAUAGAUAUUUUCCUGUCACAUGAUUGGCCUCUUGGGAUCACUGAUUAUGGAAACUGGGAAAAACUUGUUCAACAGAAGCCUUAUUUUAAAGAAGAGGUAAGGUUGAAAACCCUUGGCAGUAAACCAGCAGCAGAGCUGCUUGAUAAACUGAAACCACCUUAUUGGUUUUCAGCUCAUCUUCAUUGUAGAUUUCCAGCAAUCAUCCAGCAUGGAGAAAAUGGACCUAUCACCAAGUUUCUUGCACUUGAUAAGUGCCUUCCUGGGCGCAGGUUCCUGCAGAUCAUUGAAAUAAAAUCGGACCCUGGACCUCCCGAGAUUCAAUAUGACGAGGAGUGGCUUGCUAUUACACGAAAAUUUAACAACAUAUUCCAUUUAUCUCGGGAGUACUUACGCCUUAAGAGCGACCAUCUUGACAAUCAAGAUUCUCGAUAUUGGGUGAAGAACAAGUUGAAUGUUAGAGGGGCAAAGCCUUUUGAGUUCUCACAGACGGUACCUUCAUUUGAUCCAAAUAAGCCAGGCUCCACUGUGCCAUCCGGUCAUCACCGAAAUCCACAAACAGAAUCUUUUUUGCAGUUUUUAGAGCUUCCAUAUCUUCUUGAUAUCACAGAUGAACUCAGCACACCAAAAAGAAUCUCAGAAUUUUCCAGCCCCUUAGUUAUUCACAGUCAGAAACACCUAGAUGGUGAAGAAGAUGACGAUGAUGCUCAUGGAGAUGAUGUGGAUGAACUUGAAGAACUUGCCGCAUAUGUUUUGACUUCAGGUCCUGGUGCUUACUUGCAGUGAAUGAUACGCAGUGAUAGGACGGCCCCCUUAAUUUCAAGGUGGAAUUAGGAAAUGAACCUUAUUCAUCGAAGAAUGAAUUACCCAGCUGUAAAGCGACGACAGUGGGAGCAGCUAAGAAAAUUGCAUGUUGUCUCUCCCGCAAUAAGAGGCUAUUCGGAUUCUGUGCAAUCUUCUUCACCUAAAAUCCUGGCCACAAGGACUUGGCUUUUAGAGUUGCAAAGCAAAUGCCUCUGCUGGAUUCGUUUUUUUUUUUUUUUUUCUUUAACAUUAACAUAUUAAAUAAACCGUGCAAAGCUUAAUAAUAAAGUAGUAGUCCUUCAUAUCAGAUUUAUUUACAGCGUUAUCUCCAAAGGCUAUGAGAUUCUUGCUUGUCCUUUUUUAAAUUGCUUGUACAUAUGGAUAUGUGAACGAAGAACAAAUACAUAUAUGUUGACUGUGGGCCUGUGGCCCAUGUGAUUUGAGGUAAAGUGUGCUUUUUUGGGGUUA